UGUAUCUCCUUCUGAAGGAGAAAGAGAGAGUUCUGAGAGGGUUCGUCCGUACAGCUUUGCAAUUUUCUCGCCAGGGCGCAGCAGCAGAGGCAGCACUGAAAAAAGACCAAUCUUUUGCCAUGGCGGAGCCUGGGAAGGAGGCGGCGGCGGUGGCGGUGGAGGAGGAGCCGGAGCGGCCGGCGGCGGCCAAGUACGUGCUCAUCACCGGCGGCGUCGUCAGCGGGCUCGGCAAGGGCGUCACCGCCAGCAGCGUCGGCGUCGUGCUCAAGGCCUGCGGCCUCCGCGUCACCUGCAUCAAGAUCGAUCCAUAUUUAAACACAGAUGCUGGCACAAUGUCUCCUUUUGAGCAUGGUGAGGUUUUUGUGCUUGACGAUGGUGGAGAGGUUGACUUGGAUUUAGGCAAUUAUGAGCGUUUCUUGGAUGUUACUCUGACAAGGGAUAACAACAUUACCACUGGAAAGAUAUAUCAGUCUGUUAUUGAGAAGGAGAGGAAGGGUGACUAUCUUGGAAAGACAGUCCAGGUUGUUCCUCAUGUAACUGAUGAAAUUAAACAUUGGAUACAAUCAGUAUCUUCUGUUCCUGUGGAUGGGCAGACUCGUCCAGCCGAUGUCUGUGUUAUUGAACUGGGAGGCACUGUAGGUGAUAUUGAAUCUAUGCCAUUCAUUGAAGCUCUGCGCCAGUUGUCAUUUUCUCUUGGCAAGGACAAUUUCUGCCUCAUACAUGUGAGCCUUGUUCCAGUAUUGGGUGUAGUUGGUGAGCAGAAAACAAAGCCAACGCAACACAGUGUACGAGAAUUAAGGGCCUUGGGUCUGACUCCUGAUCUUCUAGCAUGCCGAUCAGCACAGCCACUAAUAGGAUCCGUCAAGGAGAAACUUUCACAAUUUUGUCAUGUCCCGGUUGAGAAUAUACUUAACAUCCAUGAUGUUCCAAAUUUGUGGCAUGUUCCACUUAUUCUUAGAAACCAAAAAGUUCAUGAGGCUAUAAUCAAACAACUUAACCUUGCAAGGUCUGCUGGCCCCCCUGAGUUACGAGAUUGGACACAGAUGGCUGAGUCAUAUGAUGACCUCAAGAACCCUGUUAAAAUUGCUUUGGUUGGGAAGUAUACUAAUCUGACAGAUUCCUACUUAUCAGUGGUGAAGGCUCUUCUACAUGCGUGUGUUGCAUGUUCAUUGAAACCUUCUAUCCAGUGGAUUGCAGCUUCAGAUCUUGAAGAUGCAACUGCAACAAGUGCACCAGAAGCCCAUGCUAAAGCUUGGGAAACUCUUAAGGAUUCCUCAUGCAUUCUGAUACCAGGAGGAUUUGGGGAUCGUGGAAUAUCUGGGAUGAUACUGGCUGCAAAAUAUGCUCGUGAGAAUAAAGUUCCAUACCUUGGCAUUUGCUUGGGAAUGCAGAUAUCAGUGAUUGAGAUGUCCAGACAUGUUCUGGGCAUAAAGGAUGCAGACAGUGAAGAGUUCAACUCAAACACACCAGCUCGUGUUGUUAUGUACAUGCCUGAGGUUUCAAAAACGCACAUGGGAAACACAAUGAGAUUGGGUUGCCGAAGAACGUUCUUUCGCAGGACAGAUUGUCUUACAUCAAAACUAUACGGGAGCCCUUCUCAUGUAGAUGAGCGUCAUCGUCACAGAUAUGAGGUGAACCCUGCUUACGUUGCUAUGCUUGAAAAUGCUGGCCUUCACUUUGUUGGUUGCGAUGAAAGUGGAAAGAGGAUGGAGGUUGUAGAGCUACAAGACCAUCCGUUUUACAUAGGUGUUCAAUUCCAUCCAGAGUUUAAGUCGAGGCCUCGGAGACCUUCACCCCCGUUUACUGGUCUAAUAUUGGCAGCAGCUGAAUACAUGGGAACGCCUGCAAAUAACUCAAAUGGUCAUGUUGGAACUUCUGAGUAAUACCAUCCUUCAAUUAUUAGAUGGAAGUCACCGAACCCUUUGUGUGUUUUGUUGAGGCAUCUGCUUGUUGCUGCUGAGGAUUCAAGCCAUUUUGAUCGCGUACAGUCAUGUACCGGGAAUCAACCUAAGUUGUGAGAGAAUUUUUGUUACCCUAGAGAUCUUUAAUUGCAGAGCUGAUCAUGGAUUCGUAAAAAAGUGCACAGGAAUUUAGCGUCAUAAUUUUGUUUGCUGCUUGGAGUUUUACCGUCUGUCUGAUAGUAACCGUGCCCUCUUGUUAAACCUGUGCUCUGUUUAAGCCAAAGUCACAGCUCAUAUUGUCUUAUGACUGUUCUUAUAUGAAAUCAUUGUGUUAACAGCAUAGAAAUCCAAAAUAUGAAAUGUAUCCUCAUAAAACGAAGGGCUGAAUUAUAACAUUCUGGAAAUUUAACUUUUAGAUCAGGACCAUUGUUUUCAGUCCAAGAGUUUCACAUCAAAUUGGUGAAGCACAAACCAGAGACCAUGUAAUGGAAGAUUAUGCAAUUAUAAUUUGUACAGCCAAUGAAUCAAGUUCUAAAGUGACCAUAUAUUAACUAUUUUACAU